CCCUUUUUUUCCCUGCAGAGCUGUUCCAGGUGCCGGUGAUCGGCCUGACCCUGCCCAUCAUGUGGUUCUACCUCCUGAUGAACGUCAUCACCCAGUACGUCUGCAUCCGCGGCGUGUUCAUCCUGACCACGGAGUGCACGUCGCUGACGGUCACCCUGGUGGUGACGCUGCGCAAGUUCGUCAGCCUCAUCUUCUCCAUCCUGUACUUCCAGAACCCCUUCACGGGCUGGCACUGGCUGGGCACGGCCUUUGUCUUCGUGGGCACGCUGAUGUACACGGAGCUGUGGCACG